UGUUGUAUCCGCGGGGGAUUGGAGAUCCUUCGCACGGAACGGAGUCUGGCUUCGGGAGUUCACGGCGGGGUUCUCGGGCUUGAGCUCGUCUGGAUUUUACAACAUUAUAGAUCUACACUCCUCGCUAUGAGCCGUCCGUCCUCUGCGGGUGGUGCGGCCGGAGGAUUCGGAGCUGGCAAAGCAGGAGGAAGUAAGCAUGGAGGCUCCGGAGGGACGACCGCCGCCGCGGCCGCAGUAGCAGCAGCAGCAGCAGCAGCAGCAGCCGCCUCCGCCGCGGGGGUAUCUGGCUCCGUCACGGGCUCCGGCUCGGUCCCUGCGGCCGCUGUAGCCCUUCCAGCCGCAGCGCUACCAGGACAAUCAGCCGAACUGACAGCGCUGUUUGAGUGCCCCGUGUGUUUCGACUAUGUGCUGCCUCCGAUAUUGCAGUGCCAGGCAGGGCAUCUGGUGUGUAAUCAGUGUCGCCAAAAGCUCAGCUGUUGCCCGACCUGUCGCGGCCCUCUGACACCGAGCAUAAGGAACUUGGCAAUGGAAAAAGUUGCAUCCACUCUGCCGUUUCCGUGUAAGUAUGUUUCGGCUGGAUGUCUUCUGUCCCUACAUCACACAGAGAAACCGGAGCAUGAAGAGGUGUGUGAGUUCCGCCCAUACACCUGCCCUUGUCCAGGAGCCUCUUGCAAGUGGCAGGGCUCCCUGGAGGCUGUCAUGCCACAUCUCAUGCAUGCCCACAAAUCCAUUACCACCUUACAGGGGGAGGACAUUGUCUUUCUGGCUACAGACAUUAACCUGCCUGGGGCUGUGGACUGGGUCAUGAUGCAGUCGUGUUUUGGCCACCACUUCAUGCUGGUUUUGGAGAAGCAAGAGAAAUACGAGGGACACCAGCAGUUCUUUGCCAUCGUGCUGCUCAUUGGCACACGAAAGCAAGCUGAGAACUUUGCCUACCGCCUCGAGUUGAAUGGCAAUCGUAGACGGCUCACAUGGGAGGCAACACCGCGCUCAAUCCACGAUGGUGUUGCUGCGGCCAUCAUGAACAGUGACUGUCUUGUAUUUGAUACCUCUAUUGCCCAUCUGUUUGCCGACAACGGCAACCUGGGUAUCAACGUCACCAUCUCCAUGUGCUGAGGUGGCAGCAUAAGCCAGAGAGACGGCUUUUCCCAAUGGUGGAAAACCUGGAAAACUGCUGCUCCCUUUCAGACAGGAGAGUCUGAAGGCAACGAGUGGGAUAUGUAUACAUUUGUGUAUAUUUCUGUUCAAGACUCAUCCGCUCAAACGGCCCACACUGAUGUUUCACUUGUAGGUUAGUUUGCUAGACGAAUGACAGAGAUUCUUCUCGAGAUAAAGAGGGGUUCGAGUGUGCAGGUGUUGGCAAUCAGUUGAAGGCAUUGGUGAGAUUUUCUCUUGCACGGCCCAAGCAUACAAAGACCUCAACAUUCUCAACCAGUCGGACUACGCCCACAGUAGAGUCUGGGUAUGGAUGACCCUGUUUAGUAUCUGGGAUGACCUUUGUCAAGCCCAAAAUCCACAGGAACUUGUAAUCAGCUGGCAUAUCUUCACAAAAAUGAAAAUCAUUUGAUCAUCCGGGCCUUGGGCCAAAGUCUAGACAUGAAAGCGGAACAUUUGCCUCAGAAGCUUACAAAACCUAUGAGUACAAAAAUGCAUUGACUGCUUUGGUUUUUCCCUGGAAUAUCAAAUGGAACUUUGACUAUUGUAAAUGGCAAUGUAAAUGGUAAUAUUUUUUAAAUGUCUUGAUGAAUUAGAUAGCCCAGUGCUGAGUGUGCAUGGUGGAAAUAAAAUUCACUUACAAAAAAAAAGACUGCAUAUCCACCAUGUUUGUGAGGUAAAAAUCGGACCUCUUCACCAUGCUUCUUUUGAAUCAUUUUACUCUGCCUGUCCUUACUGUUGCAAGACAAUUUGUGAAUGAGGUUCUUUGUUGAAACUGAUUAAGAGUGGGGCUGCUUAAGUUUUUGAUUUAUUGAAUAAUCUUGAGUUGAUCAUCAGCUACAAAAUUAGUGACAGAUUUAGUGACAGAACUACAGCCAACCUUUUAGACAUUCAAAUACUCUUGAUCUUUUGCCACAUCUCAAAUUUAGUUAUUUGUAUUUGAGACUCGUUUCAAACUUGUUUCUCACCACCUUGGAUUUUUUCUAUGCAUAUGAGCCUGUGCAGAAUCACAAACAGUCAACUAUCCUUAUUGGUGCAGUUGACCACAUAAUACUGGUUUUGUUGUCACUAGCUGGGUUUCCAUCACAUUUUAAAGCGCAUUUCUAAAAAUACAACUAAAUAAAAUACUCUCUGAAAAUAAAUUGUUGCACAUUUCCAUCCACUACGUAAUGUGCACUAUUAUGAGGGAGCCUUAUACGCAAUUACAAAAUUGGCUUAAAAAUAGUUAGAAGGAAAUCCAGCUAUUAUGUUUACAUGCACAGCCAUACUCUGACAGCUAUAAAAAAAAAAAAUCAACAACAACAGAAGAAACCCAUCUUUACAGGAGAUUUGAAAUCAUUGGUUUAUUCUUUGCUUUUGACGUCAACAACACUUGCACACAUUGGAUAAGCUGAAAAGAACUCCAGUAAUGGUGUUUCAAUGCAAAAUCAGGGAAUUAGGCAAAAAUCUACAGAAAUGCCAUUAAAGGAUCACGUUUACAGGAACACGUUACAGGACCACUUUGUCAGCUUAUUUGGCAUAAUCCGUGUAAGGUUGUGCAUGUAAAAACGUUCAUUGUAUUUUAAUUUGUCUUAUAUUUGAACCAAGAAGACGCAAACGUUUUGUAAAUAUAUACGAUACACAAAUCUAGUUUUUUUUUUUAUAUAUAUAUAUAUAUUUGUUGUUAUUGUUAUGUCUCUAAUAUGAGUCAUUUAGUCUAGGUUGAAGUUGUUAACUCCAGUUCUUUUUAAAAAUCCAGCAAGGUAUGAGCGAAUAUUUAAGUGCCCCUUUGGUCAGAAAACCCACAAUGCCUUACUUGUAUAAAAACUCAUUAUUUUAGGGUCUGCCUUCUUUAAGGACUCCGACUCAAUUUCAGGUCACUAUGAUUCAAACCUCCAGUGUCUUGAAAGUACUGGAAGAGAGACACAUGCUGGUUUUAUGGGCUUGAAAGUCACUGGUCAUCCUACUUUGGCCCCAAAACCAGCUUCGGUAACAGUUACACUGAACCCAGCCUCUAAUCAUAUACCUCUACGAUUUUGGAGAUGUCUGUACGAGAACUGCAUUGAUCUCCGUGAAUGCGGGUGGUUCCAUUAAGACCUUUUCUUUAUCUCUCUGCUUCAUUCUCUAUUUAAAGUAAUUUAAACAUGUAAAUUAAAUGUUUUAUAAAUCUUUUGUAGAGGAAAUAUAUUCAGUUUUUUUAUGAAUUUGUCCAUUAUAGACCUACAGGAAGAGAUGAAAGCACUGAGCUCAUGUCCGACUCUCGUUCCCCAUGCUUGUGCGCUGGACAUGCAGUUGUCAUGGCAACUAAAUAUGCUAAUUAGAAAUCUAGCUAAUUCAUUCCUAGAAAAAAAUUAUUGUACAUUUUUGUCAUUCUCUAGAUAAACCUGAAAUCCUAUUUGCAGGCUCUGUAGAUAACGGAGAUCAAAGAUAUCAAUACAUUUUUCAAGGUACUUGGCUGACACAGAUGUUCCUCAAGAGAGCUGGAUAAAUGAUGCCAAAUAGUGUUAGAAACACUCCCAUCAUUAGAAAAUUUGGUAUAUAAAUGGCAAAUGUGUGUUGAACAGGAUGGAGUACUUGCAUGUGAAUCAUGAGCCCUGAAGGAAGCUCCAAACAUCGAAUGUGUGAAUGGUUUAGAAAGGUUUUCAACAAAAAAUUAUUUUGUAUACUCCCCAAACCAAUGCGACUUUCUUUCCUCCAUGGAAUAUAAAGAUGAAGUUUGGUUUGAAAGAACAUGAGAACGACACUUAAUUUUUGGUUGAAUUUGCCCAUUUAGGCUGAUCUAUUUGGAUUUUCAAAUAAAAUGAAUAUACAAUGAUACAUUAAUACAUAUUCAUGUUAUUAAUAGUUGUUGCCUGUUGCAAAUUGUUGUACCUCUAGAACAGAGACAAGACAUUUGAAGUCAAAAUAGACCACCAGCCAUCUGUCCCUCUCCCACAGCAUUUCAGACUCCAUUAAACCGAAGUGAACACAAAACUGAAUAAAUGCAUUUUAAUGAAGUGAGCAGGUGGUUCCCUGUGCUGUGUGCCAUGCCUUGCAAUCAAGCCAUCAGGAUCAAUAUGGAGUUCCACAUCCAAAUAAACUUGUGAAUAAACAAGUUCCGGCCAAGGACCAGAAUACUUAAUGUGUGUGGCAGUGAAAUGGCAAGCUUUAUCUAUGAUGCAGCUUUGAUGCUUCCUGUGCUGACCCAGUGAUGAUAAUUUCCAACCAUUAGUUUACAUAUUAAAAUAUAAGUGCCAGGUUAUUCCUUGUAUUAUGUUAGAGAACAAACUUUUAAUGUUGGAAAUUAUAUUAAAAGGGACUUAUAUUUUGUAAACGUGGGUUUUACAACAGCAUUUCACAUUCACUAUCCAGAUUCAAAAGCCUCAAUUGCAUUAUUGUACUGUAAUUUAUGACAGUUGGCCAUCUCAUCAAAAUCUUCUUUAAUAUUCUGUUUUUAGAUUACGAUUAUGAUUUAAUUUACCAUAAUGAGACAAGUGGAAAGUAAAUACUCAUUUUAAUAUUAUAAUACAUUGAGAGAGAGGAGUUGAAGAACAGUCACAAAUGUUAAAACUCUUCUUGAAUUAGUUUGGCAAAUACUGUGAUGGUGAAGACAAUUGGGCUCAGACCCAAAGAUAGCUUGCAAAAACAACAUUAAAUGAGCUAAAAAUGUCCACAACAACAGUGCUAGUUAAAGAGGACCGCUAAAUCCAAAGACCUAACAACGUUAUGGCUGCUGUUUAUAUUUUAUAUACUGGUAAUGUCCAAUUAAGAACUGCUGUAAACAUGUUUUUAUCUGUAUUUUUUGAUAGCUAAUUGAAAACGGGGUUUGUGAUGCAGUCUAGCGGAUAAGCAAUGCAAUGAGGGACGUCAGAUGAACAUGACCAGAUGGUGUACAUUAUAAAAGCUCAGUGCAAACAGACAUUUGACCCUUAACCUUCAGUAUUUUGUCUGUGAUGGAACAAAACCAAAUGGAGUCACAUCUUCAGUGCUCCUGGCCAGUUUGUUCAUAUUUGACAGGUUAUGAUUUGGACAGCUCACAGCCACUACAGGCUGUAACCAGUUACCAUUAGAACGUUAUUUUAGGCGAUUCGCUUUUUCCCCCACAGUAUCAAGAGAAAACUGGAGAAAAGCCCUGACUCAGUAAACCUAUGCAGUCACAUUUUAGCUAACUGUAAAUUGUUUCACUGCUGAAAGCAAUUAUUUUGAACAUGAAAAAAAUGUUUUUAGUAUACUAGAUUUUUCAUAUUCAUAGCCCAGGCUAAACACAUUUAGUGAAAUGAAUGCCGUUUUAUUAACAAAUGAGGUUUCCAAAUCCCAUUAUUCACCACACCCAUAUUUUUUGGCCAUUUUCUCCAUCUUAAUUGUUAAUCUUGAUGUGUAUAACUAAUGAAUUCUGGGUGUUUGUUUAUUCAGAGUACAUCUGUGUAGUUGAGAUUCGUCUUCUCUCGCUAGUUUAUUCAAAUCUGUUAAUAUGGCUCUAGAGAUUAUUUGAAAUAUUAGCGAUGGAGAAAUGCUGUUGUUUCCUGUUGAGCAGGUAUAAAUGGGUAAUGUGCACAUCUGUUUAGUCCAAUGUAAUAAUUUUUUUUUCUUCUACUGAACACCUGUCCUUAACUAAAUGUCUUUUACUAGUUUUACAACCGAAAUCUGUAAUGGUUGGUUCCUUUGAGAGCAUCAUUUUGAUUUUGGAAAAACGUUUUCAGUUGUCACUGUUCAUCAGCAUACUUUUUGGUCUUUGUACCUUAUAAAUGCAAAUAAAAUGUAUUUAUUUGUCAAACAGGUGUACGUAAAGUGUCAAGCACAAAUUCUAAACAUUUAUUUACAUUUUCGGAGGUACACUUGAAGAAAAUAAAA